AUGUCUACCGAACUCCGUUCCUGUUUGGGACAAUUGAAGUCCUGCUUGGAUACACAGCAGGUCCCCAGAGCACGCAGUGUCAUUGCUAGCAUCACCCAGCUGAUAGUGGAAACGACAACUGAAAGCCAAGCUGAAACCGAAUACGCCUUGGAAUGCUUAUUAGACGCACCGAAUAGUCUAAUCGCGUUUCUGCAACGUUCGUUUAGCAACGCGAAACAAUUGGCGAAGGUAAAUGAAGAUGUUUUCGAACUGUUUCGCAAGAUGAUCGAAAAGCACUCCGCACUGCUGCGCAAAUGGAUGGGUUCCAUCGUAUCAAUAACGUUGCGUUUCAUUCAAUCAUCGGCCGUGACGGCCCGGGAAAGGGAGCUGGCUACUUUGGUUCUGCAGGACGGCAUCGCGUAUGGAAGUCUUCAAAAGGAUAGCUACGAACGUCUCGGACUGCUGGUGGAAGAGCUGCUUGAGGUGUUCCAGCACCGCAAGCUACCGAAUCGUUUUCAACAGAACAUGUACGAACUAUUGGGCCAGCUGGCGAAGCACUUUCCGGAAUGCGUCACCGAGCCGGACCGGCUUCGUGAUGCGUUCCUAAGCACCGCCGAAAGUCAGCUGCUGGAGGAAAACUAUCCCUCGCUGGUGUCGCUAGCGGGUGCUAUAAGAGGGUUGGAUAUGUUCCUGUUUCAUUUCGCCCCCUCUCAUGAGGAUAAGGAAAUGCGCCAACGGUUGUAUCUGCUGGUGAAGAAACUUUCUAUCUGCGACGAGAGUCGUUCGGAACGAAUCGUGUUUAGAAAUGCACUGCAGCUGCUGGCGGACCACAGCCAACUGUUUACUAUGUACCUAUACGAAGAUCACGUCCACUGGCAGACGGUUUUGGCCGGGAGGUGGAUUAAAUCAUCGAAUCGGGACGAUCGACAAGUUGCCCUAACGGCCUUGUACGCGUUUCAUCGGGAAGUAGCACGGGUACUAUCGUAUCCGGAAAGUGUUUCCGAAAGCCAGCGUGAAUGCCCACGGACGAAGGACGUAUUAAACCAAUACCUGGCGUAUUAUCGGAAAUUACUAAACUCCACCUCGACCGAGCGCUGGGAGAUGCGUAUCGCAAUCCGAGGGUUCGGUAUCAUGGCCGGGCCGUGCCGUCGUGUGUCCGGUUCCAGUGUAUCACUCAACGAUCUACUGACGGACGUGUUGGAUCGUAUUGAGGGUAUCUGCGGUCGUCCUUCGGCAGGUGAUAUGCUGGAAUAUUUGCCCGACUUUAUGCAGGCACUGUCGGAAAUAAUGACACACGCCCUCGAGAUUAGCACGGUUCAGCUUGCUUCUGUACAAACGAUGCUUGUUGCAUUAAUACGAGAUUUUUACCACCUACCUUCCGUACAUCACGAGCUGAUCGUGAAGUCGCUACUGUGUACGCUGGAGAACAUCGGCAAGCUCGGAGGAAACGCCCUAGAGCACCUGCUCGACAAUGUGUUUCUCCAGGGAAUAAUUUGGAGCUGUACGCAUUCCCUUCCUUACGAUCAAUCGGCUCCUUCCACCGGAAACGAUACUUCCCGCCCAUACGAUUGGAAACGGGAGCUAGUGACGUACAAAGCCUAUCUCCCGCUCUGGCAAGGAUUGUUGGAAAAAUGCAACAAAAACGUCGACCAAAGUCCUAUGGAGGAUGCAACGUUAUCGCGCGCCAUCUAUAGCACCCUCAUGCGUACAUUGUUUGUUAUUGUCGAAAAGCUGGAUCUAUCGACGCGAAAACGAAGCUUCCGUGACGAGCUCGGCAAGCAACGUGAGUUGUUUUUCUGUGAUCCCAACCUCGAUCUGAUCCCGAACAAACCGAAGGAUUUUCACAUCUUCCUCAACCUUGUUGAUCUAUAUCGGGAAGUAAUGUUUAGCGUUCGAACCGCAGUCCGCGAGAUGUUCGUCGAAUGGAUUCGGCGAUACUUUGAGCAGUUCGUUAAGCUAUCACUACGGCAUCCGCUGGUCAGUGGUUUCGUAAAGUUGAUCGAGAUGGGACUUGAGACUGCAGAGUCGAUAGGAUAUUUUACUCGCACAAAUGAUCGCGAGACACAGCACGGGAUGUUGCUGGUUUUCUACCUUGAGAGCACAAUCCGUUCGGCCCUGCAGGCUACCGGGGAGCUGCAAUUGGCCUGCCUUCGGUUCGUACUGAACACGCCCGCCCGCUUGCUGAUGGCUUUCCUUGAUGAUCAACAAAAGCGUCAGCAACCCCCGAUGGUGGCCGUUUUUCAGAUAACCUUCCGUUUGGGUCGCGGUUUACUUUCGAUCGCUCGGAUCGGGCUCGGCUGUCUUGAGCGGAUUGUGCACUUCAAUGAACCCCCGGUGCGCCCAGACCAACGAGAGUCCCUUCUGCGCCAGGUGUUGCCCAUGCUUGAACCGUACCUGCAGGCGCGUGACUCGACGCAAUCGGCUGCGGUCAGUUUACGGCUGGCCAAAUUCAAACGCCAAAGGACAGCAAACUUGACCCCGGGACGAAUCGAACGGAUCAAACAGCAGCACCGUAUUGAGCAGUAUAUGGAGAUGAGUGAACUGGUAGCGUUUCAGAUGCGCGUACUACACUUCCUGGGUGAAUUACAACCGAACGAGUGCUGCUGGAUGGUUCCGGAAGACGGUCCUAUUGGUGGCGCACUGCUGGCGGUGGAGGAACCUUCGCUAGUUCGCUGGGAUGCGGACAGUGAGCGAUCGAUCGAGCUGAGGCUACUGUGCGCCAGUGGAUCGCGUCCUUGUGUCAAGCUGGACAGCAUCAUCGGCCGCGUCUGUCUGUUAGCCGUGGAGUCGAGCGAUCGAGCGACAAAAUUGGCUGCAUGCGAGCUACUGCACACCCUGGUCCUCUACCUGCUCGGUAUUCACUAUCAGGAUCAGCUGCACGGAUUAUGGUCACAGCUAUGCCGCCAUAUGCUGCGGCUCAGUUGCGACACCGACCUGGCGGUGUGUCAAAUGUUCGAACCGUUGCUCUUCCAAAUCAUCCACUACCUGACGCAACCGUCGAAGCUUAGCCAGCAGGGAACGAGCGUCCUACUGGACUGCCUGCUGAAUGCCACUUCGAACGCGCAGAACACUGCCAUCCGGGAUCUAGCCGUUCGGGGUUUGCGUGAGUUUCUGCAGUGGACCAACCGCCAGAGUGGCACUUCUCGUUCGCUCGACGAUCGUAUGAAGGCCAAGCGCACGCUUCUGGAGGCGCUAAAAACGUAUGCCCUCGAGUCGGACACUUCGCGUCGCUAUGGGGCCGCGCUGGCGUUCAACAACCUCUUCCGGCUGCUCGCCCAGGACGACGGCCAUCUGGUGCGAUAUUGGUUCGAGCUUACCCAUGCACUGGCGGUCGGAUUCUGCAUGACCGAAGAGCAGCAAGGAGUGUCGGAGGGAUCAGGUGGUGGAGGGUUAGCACAGUUUGAGCUGGCCCUGGACCACGCGGUCAAGAUACUCGAGCAGCGUCGUGUACUCUUCAAUGGACAGGACGUGGAUCCAACACUGAAAGACCUCCGUCAGAUCGUUCCACCGGCGAUCGGUGGUGGUGAGCUUCAGCAUCUCGUCUGCUGGUUGUUCCGUCAGUGUGCUGCCCGACAGCGGGUUUACAGGCGCAAAUGUAUGCAACUUUUUCCACGCCUUGCCGCUGCCGUGAGGGACGUGACGAAUGGAGUGGAGUUUCUGCAAAAAUAUUACACUCCCGAGCUGGUUGAUGCUGUCUGCCUUCACAGUGGUAUCGUGCAGGGUUGCGGCCAGACACCGACCUUAGAGAUCCUGCGGGAACGCACGAUGGCACGCUCACCUGUCAACGACGUGCAUCUUUGGCUGGAGUACUUCCUCGCGACGCUGGACAUAAUCUGUUGGUUGCUGCAGGAAAAGCUUCUUCCGGAGGAAACGUCCCGGCAGCUACUAACGCGGGUACUUCCGGUGGUACAGUACUUUCUACGAACACUCGUCCACGCAACCAUGCAAGAACUGCUCGAUCUGGUCAAUCUGGAUCAUUCGAUGGAGGUGGAUUCAGCCAGCAGUCCCAAGCUACGAAUGAACGCGGACAAACUGGUACGCUACGACGCACUGAAGGCGGCCCUGGUGGUUCAGAUUGUCGAACUAUUGGCGAUAGUACUGGACAGCGCAAACACCGAGGGUGGAUUCUCUGAAGAUCGAAUGGUUAUCGAUUUGAUGGAGGAUCACUCGACCGUUGGGUUUAUUUUGAAGCUUCUGUUCGAGUCUCAGCAGUUUGGAUUGGAUUGCAGUGUCCCUGCGUACCACGAACUUGACGCGGAUCGACGACUUUGGAAGCUCCUGGAAGCACUAGUUCUACAGCUAACCAAUCGCCAGUCAAGUUUUGCGCGCGAACUUUCGGAAAAAGUACUUGCUCUGGCCGAAGGUUUUAGUGAUCGCAUAGAUGCCCUUCUACUUCAACGGACCAUUGGUGAGACUGACCAAAAGAACGUGAAAGGACUACUGUUCAUUGCGAAGCUCCAGCAGCAGUCCGUGGAUGGAUCAAAGGCUUUAAUGUACGAUUACCAGGAGCGACUUCAUAAAGUAGCCCACAAACUGUUGGACGCUUGCUACAAAAACAUCGCACAAAACGGUGCGAGGGUCAUGCUGGCUCCUUCUGCCGCCCGCUGGGGAACGGGCUUGCUGCAGGCCCUUUUCGGUUUGUCGACCGUCGGCGGUGAUCGUGUCGACGAGACCCUCCUAAACCGCACCGUCCAGUACAGCUUGAACUGUGUCAAACUGCAGCCCAACAUUCGCCACGGGCAGCACUUUGUUAGUUGCUUUGGACCGGCUAUAUUCGGUCUGUUUCUUGCCAAUCCGUCCGCGUGCAUGGCCGCCCUUCUCGAUACGCUCAUCGUGGACAACUUUCUCGCUAUCGUACAAUUCCUGUGCGGGUUGAUGGAAUACCUCUACCGAACGCACCCUGGCGAGGGAGAACGGUUGCGAAAGCUGACGGAAGCGAUACUGCUCGGUUGGGAUUGUAUUUACAAGUGUUCGCGGGCGCAAGCGAAUCGUUUCGGCGAGGUCGAUCUACAGCUGAUCGAGCUGAUGGGCAAUGUGGCCAUGGUGUGCCCAUUUCCGCUACACGAAAUUUCCACCAAAACGGGUCCGACCUACGAACGGUGGAUUAUUGAGCUGCUCGGCACUGCCAGUAAUCCGAUCGCACUGAAAUCCAAAGCGAUCGUACUGCUGCCGACCCUACUGAGCGCGGAGGAACGAAGCGAUGCUCAGGGCAGCGGACCACUCGAGGACGCACUGGAGGUGCUCCAGACGACACACUUUCCUCUCCGUUCGACCGAGUUUUCCCCGAACAGCCCGCAGCGGGCCGAAUUCAUCAACUGUCUCGAGCGUCUGCUCGAUGCGCUCGUUGUGUCCUGCUCGCCGCUACUGUUGCGCGCCAUCAUUCAGAUGACGGCACCGGAUGGCGAGGGAAACGUGGCCGAGCGGCAAGUACGGGACGCGAUCGAGCGCUUCUUCGGUGGACAAACCACCGACAUGCAGUGCAGCCGGUUGCAGGAGAUUUGGACCCUGUUUGAGAACCAUUCAUACGCACCCACCGUGAGGGCGACCGUGCUGAAGCGGUACCUCUGUACGGGUCUGUGGCGUUGCAGCUACGAUACGAUCACGGCGUUUUAUAGACGAAAUAUCCGCUCCAUCUCGGAAAUGGCGAACGUGGAGCUGCUUGGGCGCUCGGGAUGGGAUCUGGAGCAUGCGUUGGUUGAUCGAGCGGCCGCGUUCCGUUUGGUGGAGCAGUACGCCGCCCUACUACCCAAGACUAUGCUGCUGGCGGAGAACUGUACCGUCGCGGGUGAACUCUAUGAGGCGGGAACGGGAGAACCGGUACGGGCUAAGCGGUUGAUAGGAGACUUUAGCAAACGGGCAUACAACGUGCGUGCGAUACCGUUCCGCACGGAGGAUCCUAAGGUGGCAGAACUCUACCGCCAGUUCCAGUGUGCGGCCUACCGCGCCCUAGUGGCGCUGAUCUCCAACACCAACGACAACGCUCGCAUGUACUCGGUGCUGAUCUUCCGGGAAACGCGCGACAAGGGUGAGUUCCUCUGGCGCCUUCUGAUCCAUUGCAGCAACGAUGCGACUUACCUCGAGUCGGGCCAGGAGUUCGACGAAACGCCACGGAUCAUUGAGAAGCGGGUCGCCAUACGACGCGAAGAUCUUGACGCUACUACCCGCUCCGAUCGGGGCCUGGAUUCGGUGGUGGCCGAAUCGUCCCUCAGUCAGCAGGUGUCCCGGUUCGAUUUGAACAACUCAGUGAUGCUUUCGGCCCGUGAAGUUGCCCUGCGCGAAGCUACCGAACUUUCCAAGCGUCAGAAAGGUACCCUGUCCCGUGUGUCACUGGAACGGUCGAAAAUUAACGAUCAUGAAGUGAUGGCUACGGUUUGUGGGUGCAUUCGGCAUAUGGCCACCGCCGGUAUCACAACUGAGCCGAUCGUACGCUUCAUUGUGGAUUCUCUUAUCGAUCCAGGGCAACCCAAAAACGUACGCCUGUUUCUCGCCAAGGUGAUCGACAAUUGUCGCCGGGAGUUGACGAACCACGCAGCCCUUCUACUUGCUCCGCUGAUGCAACUGAUUGUGGAUGGCCAAAUAUUCAACGGGUUAAACACACUCGUAACGGAUCUGAUCGCGCUUAUCUUGGAGUGGAGCACACGCAGACCUCCUUUGCCAGCACCCGGGGUCGUGGAUGAAAGUGCCUCGUUGGCCAGCGCACUGUUGCGCUUCCUUAUGAAGCAUUGCUGCCAACAGCUGGGCAGUAGCGUACGUCAGCAGGUGUUUCGAUUGAACUUAGAGUUGAUCAGAGCGCUCAUUCAACAGUGGCACGAUGUGCUAACCAUUCCGACAGAGCUUCUCUUCGUAAUGGUCACAAACCGGGACGUUGGUUCUUCUCAGUCGGAAGACCGGUCCCAGUUUGAACUGGCCGCUGGCAUACAGCUGAGCACUAUCGUGCUUAUAAACGGUGGCGGCCGUCUCGUACCCUGGAGCGAAAGCAACCGAGAGGACUAUCUUCGUGCGGUUCUGGAAUGCUUAGAUGCGCCCAACAACACUAUCUACAAACCGGCCGCUCAACUGCUUGGGCUCUGCCUUGCACGUCUCUACCCCGCCGGUGUGCCGGAAGAUCAGCAGGAACCGGCAGGCAGCCAAGGCGCAGAUGGGGAGGACUUUCUUACGUGCUGCAUUAACCUGCUGUCCAAUAUUAAUCGCGGGCAGGGGCGAAAGUUUCUCGAAAUUGUGUACGAAAUCAGCAAAGGGUUCCCGUCCAUUGCCGAUCCGUUUCUUUCGAUCGUGAGCUUCCGCAUUCCCACGGCAAGCGCUGCGGAAAAACGGAUAGGUUUGGAGCUACUGCUUGGUGGACGUAUCGAACGAUUCCGCAAUGAGCUGUACCGGGAACUUGUUUCGUUGGAUUUGGCGCAGUUGUUGCGCGAUGCCGAUCUUCAGUUGACCACACUGCAUCUGCUCAAUCGUGCCCUUCCGGUGCUGGUCGAUGAGCUGCAGGAAAUCCAGCAGUUAAUCGACCCUGUUGGUGGGGUGGCAACGCAGCGCACUACCCAACCUGCGUCCCGUGCCGUUGCGUACGAGAUAUUGAUCUACAUUCACCAACAUCGUGCCGGCGAGUUGUCCGACGAAAAGCGUCAAGCGGUGUGGAAGUACCUGCUGCAGGGGUUAUGUGAAACGGACGACACUACCACCGACUCGACUUUGGUGUCUUCCGUACGUACACGUGUUUUGGAAUAUCUUAUGGAAAGUGGGAAACUCCCGGAAGAUGUCAGGGAGCGGUUCCUGUAUCUUCUCACCGAACUAUAUGAUCCCUCGAUUGAGGCGGAGUUCCUUGGCAGUGCAGUGGCGCUACUGUUCGAUCCUGCUAUUCGCUGCCGGGAGUCCAAGGAUCGGCUGUUUCUGCAUGAGUACAUCAGUACGGACGUAAAGUUCCGUGAGUAUACCAUCGAGACGGGUAGUCGGCAGCGCCAUUCGGCCACCGUCCUCACACCACUGUUUGCGGAAACUUCUUCCCAGCGUCAGCUGCAAACGUACAUAACUGGCCGCGGGUCGCAGAUGGAGCAGAUGAUAAAAGCUACACAGUUUUCCGGUGUCGAAACGGACAACUCCGAGUUCGAGCCGACGCAGGAUCCAACGAGAUACACCCUAGCAGGGGAUUCGUUUGCGUUGCCAACACAAAACUCGCUCCUGUUCGAGGCCAGCUCGUUGCAGCUCGAUCGCAGAUCGCAAAGGAAGGCAGGAGGAGGAUUCACCCCGGAGGAGGAGCAGGUUCCCAACAUGGAAGAGCGUACGUUUGAGCGUUUACGGAAAAGAAUUCUUAAGGAUAGUGAAGCGAACAGGCAGCGACAGACAUCGUGGGCCGUGGGUCGUCAUUAUUCUACCCAGCGGAAACGUACCGAACAGCGCCGCGCGGGUAGUUCCCGGGUGACCCUGUACCGUCGGUAUCGGCUCGCCGAUUAUCCCGAUCUGCAGAUUAACCUCUUGGCAUUUCUGUUGCCGUUGCAAGCGCUCUGCCGUCGUGAUGCCGCAUGUGCAAGGCAAACGUUUGUGGCCAUCUUCAACGGGAUCGCGGACGAUCUGACCGGAGAGCAACCUGGACCUCGCGUCGAGUGGGAUCGAUUUGUUCAACGUCUCGAUCGCUCGCUGCAGCACAUUCUCGAGUCGACGAAAGCGUGCGAUCCGAACCUGUUCGGGAGUUUGAUCGAGUUGAGCCUCGGGAAGGCAUCGGGAAGAUUAACGUUGUCCCCGCGGAACGUUGCCUCGGUGGCGGGCGUGUCCAACAUGCUCACAAUGGGUGUGCUUUACGUGGAAGGCAAGCUUACCGACGGUUCGGAGUUUGACGAGCAAUCGGUAAGGGCCGGUGGUUCUCAUGCGUCAUCCGAGGCGGAUCAUUGGUUGCAACUUUCUUCCCUCUACCAUACGCUCCGGGAGCACGACGCCGUGGCAGGAAUCUUUGGCGACAAGCUGGAUAGUAAUCCGCGGCUACGGGAUGCGAUCGAAAUGGAGGCCCUGGGACAGUACGAUCAGGCGUACCGUGCGUACAGUGAACUGAUCGCAACCACAAGCCCGGCACGGGUCGAAGAGCGCAACUUUUGCUACAAAUCAGCGUACGAUUGUCUGAUGCGGCUUGGACAGUGGGAUGUGCUGCUGGAGGAGAUCGGCGGACAGGUGACCGGUCACGACGAGCUGUGGACGGACGAGUGGAACCAGGAUAACCUGCUGCCGGCCUACAUGCACGGCAAUGUCCGGCUGAACAUGGCGGGUGAUGAGCGGGGCCGAGAGUUUUGUCGGAUUCUGGACGAGUGGAUGCACAUGCCGCCCCGUGCGGAACACAUCCAGCAACACUUUGGCGAGGAGCUGACGGCGUUGAAUCUUGCGAGCGGGGAGCUGGUACGGGCUCGAUUGUACGCUGAGCAGACGGAACGUCAGUUUUUGGAAGAGUGGCACUGCGCCGGGGUUCUGUCGGACCUGUUCCGCGUCGAGUGUUUGCUCGGCGUGCGCAAGGUAGUUGAGUUGCGCGCCUACAGUGAACUCUUGGAAGGUCGGGGUGAGGUAAAACGCUUGGUCGAUAGUUGGCGUCAAGCAAAACCGAACGUGACCGAUUCCCUCAUCACGUGGGAUACGAUCGUGGCCCACCGGAGGUUUCUGGUGGAGCAGCUCGAGAAAAAAUCUCGCGAGACCCCUGAUGGAGAGACGACACAUCUAUCCCAGCUGUCCGAAUUGCUGUUCGAGCUGGAACUGCACCUACUGGAGGUGGCUUUCGAACAGAGUAACAUGAUCUACGCCGGGAAAAUGAUCCAGCGGCUGCGUGGCGAUGAAGCGGACGGAGCGAUAAAACGUGAGCAGCUUCUUCGACGGCGUAUUGCCCGGAUGCGUUACGACCGUGCCCGUCUAACCCGCGCAUCUCCAACGGAUCCCUCUCAGUUGCUUAAAGGAUUCCGCCGGUUGGCGCACUUGACUACACAAUCGGCCCUCGAGCACCUCGACGAACCACCCGUUCCGAAGGCGAUGGGAGCUGCUUGGGCGGAACUUUUCCACUACGGUGAAUCUUUCCACGACCGGGUGAACGAUGCCGUGUUGGACGUUAUCCGCGUGACAGCGGGAAACGCUAUCCGAAGCGAACGACCGAAUGAAGCCUUGCGGCAGUUUACAGUCCACUGCCUUCAGCAAAGUAUCGACGCGAUCCGGAGUGGACUAGAACGUGGCGGUACCUCACCACACGAGCUAGCGGACGCUUACUUCCGCAUGGCACAGUACAGCUACGAGCAGCUGGACACCGAGCAACCGGAGCAGGUGGAACUUCCUGCCGAACGUCAGCUUGUCACAUCAUUACUCCCCGCCAUACAGUACGGCUCUCGGGAAGCCCGUCAACUAUUUCCCGUCCUAUUGCAGUUGCGUAACCUGCACAAUGGUAAACUUCGCCAAGAAUUCGAUGAGCUUUCCCGCUCGGUGCCAUCAUGGAACUUUCUUCCCUGGAUUCCACAGCUUCUGUCCUACCUCAAGGUCAAAGCGACGGAUGUACAGACUGAUGGUGGUGGUGGAAGCUUCCUUGAUGAACUUCUACUCCGAUUGGCCACCGAUUACCCGAUGGCAUUGUACUUCCCGGCAAGGAUAACACUGGAACAACACGGAUCCGUCUCGGAACGACCUUUUAUCGGCCGUUUCCGUGCUGCCUUAAAGCACCCCACAAUGGAUCGAUUCGUGGAUGAGCUGUGUCGAGUGGUAAUGCCCGAAAUGCGACUCCUUGCGAUGCUUACCGGGUUGUGGCAGAAACUAACAACCUUCUCCAACCCGGAAGACUACCGGGCGUAUAUAGAACGGGCCGUUGAGAAUGUGUUCCCGGUGGAAGCGAGUGACAAUCGGUACGGAAAGGCGUACCGGGCGCUGUGCCCGUACGUCGUGCAGUGGCUUUCGUUGCGCGAUCUUCAUCCGGACACCGAGCAGGAAGCGAUCAAAGAACGAUUGCGCGGAAUGGAGAGUGCACUGAAAGCUCUGCGACCGCGUGCCCAACAACAUCGCGUCCAGUUGGAGGAUCUUUCGCCCUGGUUGGCCGACUAUCACUACAGUGGCCAGCAGCUUGAUGAAACGAUCGAACUUCCCGGGCAGUAUAACACGAUGAACGAACGUCGUCCAACACCCGGCGUCCAAGUGCGCCUGGUGAAGGUGUUUCCGGAUCUGAUCGUGUACGGUACGCUUCGGUUACCGGUGCUGAUAGCGUUUCGCGGAAGCGAUGGCCGACAGUAUCGAUUUCUGGCAAAGUACGGUGAAGAUCUGCGGCAAGAUCAGCGCAUUCAGCAGCUGCAGCAGGUGAUAACGAACCACCUGCGGUUGGAUCGACGCUGCAUGGAGCAACGACUUGAACUGCGUACCUACCAGGUGGUACCGAUACGGUCCGAUUUUGGGAUGAUCGAGUGGCUCGAGGGCACCGUAUCAUUGCAGCAGAUUGCGGCGCAGGCCGGUCCGCGCUACAACCCUUCCAACGAUCGGGGCCAGGCGUACGUGCGGGAUCAGUACGCGAAGUUUCUACGAGUCGCCUCGAAACGGGUAUCCGCCAGUGUGAGCGACGAAGCUGUGUCGCGACUCGACUCGCAGGCACUGUACGGACAGGCUGCGUCCCAUUGCCCUCCGGCCCGGUUCCGGCUGAAGUACAUCGAGCUGUCGCAGACGAUACGCGGGGACACACUGAAGCGUGCACUGUUCGAUAUGACCACCUCGCCCGAAGCGUUCUACCGGCUGCGGAUGAACUUUGGUCGCAGUCUGGCCGCGAUGGACAUCACCUGCUGGGUGCUCGGCAUCGGCGAUCGGCAUCUGUCAAACAUCGUGCUUGAACGGGCCACCGGCGAUCUGGUGGGUGUCGACUUCGGUAUCGCUUUCGGGGCGGGUACACGUGAUCUGGGUGUUCCGGAGUUAGUCCCGUUCCGUCUGACGCCCCAGUUCGUUGGCGUGAUGGAACCGAUGCGGCUGUCCGGUGUCCUGCACAAGUGUCACCUGUACACGUUGCAGUGUCUGCGGGACGCGCGGAAAUUGUUGCGUGCUUGUCUCGACGUGUUCAUCCGAGAACCAACCGUCGAUUGGCUGGAGGCGGCACGGGCAAGAUCCACUGGUGGAGAGGAAACGGGAGGGCCGUCGACGGCGCACGGUUCGACGUGGCAUCCAGAAUCCCGCGUCGAGACCGUAAUACGGAAAUUAUCCGGGGCCAAUCCGAAGCGGUUGCUCCUGGAAGAGUUGCGUCAGGGUGUAAUCGCCGGACAGCGCAACUUUUUGUUGGGCUAUCGGGCGAUCGUGCAGGCGGCCACUGAGUUGUCGAGCAAGCUGGCGGAAGAGUCCGACAAUCCGGAUCAGCUUUCCACCGAGAUGCAGGUCGGUAUGCUGUUGGAGCUGGCCACCGAUGAGAAGUUGCUCGGUAUCGCUUAUAGUGGAUGGUAUCCGUGGUUCUAGGGAGGCUGUUGUUUAUUUCUGUGAGUUUUAUAAGUCAUUAUUGUUGGAAAUAAGGAGGUUUUAAAUCACUUGUGUUAAAGAAGAUUCGCCGACAAAAUAAGAAAAGUAUUUAUAAGUUAGCUUCUAUACUUUAUUUAACUUGAUCAACUUCGAAAUGAUAAACUUGUUCCUCAAUACCAAAAUCUAUACAAAAGUACCAAAUGUAUCAGCACAACGAUAAUAAAAUAUGCCUAUCUAUGAACUAUUUUCAAUAAGGCUUGUGACCUAAUAAAAGAACAUACUCGCCAAUAAAUGUAAUGGCACGCGUGGUCGUAGAAAAAGUUUUCUUCUAACGCGUACAGUGUCAUUUUAUUUAACCUUAGUAACAGCUACAACGAUACAGACAAGUAUAAUCGCAACGUA